GUCCAAUUCAAAUAAACGCUCGCUCUUCAAAGGGCGGAGGACCGGGAGAUGAGCGUACACCACUACCGGCGCACAUUAGAUAUGUGAGCAUUUAAUUUGGAGUUCUUGAGGCGAGCGGCGAGAGCGCGAGCAUCGCAGUGGAGCAAGCAAAGAAGCAUUUAUGGGUUCAAAGGAGAGUUGCAGAUGCGAACUCCGAACUGCAAUCCGUCAGCUAAGCGAUCGAUGCCUCUACUCUGCCUCCAAAUGGGCAGCAGAGCAGCUAGUUGGAAUCGAACAAGACCCGACGAAGUUCACGCCUGCCAACACUAGAUUCCAGCGGGGAAGCUCCAGCAUUCGCCGCAGGUUUCGCCCGGCCGACGUCGUUUCGACGCCGACUGCUGGUGUGUCUUGCGCCUCCCCUCCUUUGCCGGAGGAAGAUGACGCCGUUGACAAUGACUUCUACCUUCUCGCCAAGUCUUACUUCGAUUGCCGGGAAUACCGGAGAGCUGCUCACGCGCUUCGUGACCAGACUAGCAAGCAUGCUGUGUUCUUGCGCUGCUAUGCGCUUUAUUUGGCUGGGGAAAAGCGUAGAGAAGAAGAAAUGAUAGAACUUGAAGGACCCUUGGGUAAGAGUGAUGCUGUGAACCAGGAACUAGUCUCUCUUGAGAGGGAGUUGUCAACACUCCACAAAAAUGGCACUAUUGAUCCCUUUGGACUGUACUUGUAUGGUCUUGUGCUCAAAGAGAAGGGCAGUGAGAAUCUUGCCCGUGCAGUCCUUGUGGAAUCUGUGAAUAGCUACCCUUGGAACUGGAGUGCCUGGUCAGAGCUGCAGUCCUUAUGUACUACAAGUGACACCUUGAACAGCCUUACUCUCAACAAUCAUUGGAUGAAAGACUUCUUUCUUGCCGCUGCUUACCAAGAACUCAGGAUGCACAAUGAAUCUUUGUCAAAAUAUGAAUAUCUGCAAGGGAUUUUUAGUUUCAGCAACUUCAUCCAGGCUCAAAUUGCAAAAGCCCGAUACAGUCUAAGACAAUUUGAGCAAGUAGAAAUGAUUUUUGAUGAAAUUCUAAGAAAUGAUCCAUAUCGAGUUGAGGACACAGAUAUGUACUCAAACGUGCUCUAUGCGAAAGAGUGUUUCUCUGCCCUUAGUUAUCUAGCACACAGGGUAUUUCUGACUGAUAAAUACCGGCCAGAAUCAUGUUGCAUUAUAGGGAAUUAUUACAGUUUAAAGGGGCAGCAUGAGAAGUCAGUCAUGUAUUUUAGGAGGGCACUGAAGUUAAACAAAAAUUAUUUAUCUGCUUGGACAUUAAUGGGUCAUGAGUAUGUUGAGAUGAAGAACACCCCAGCCGCUAUUGAUGCCUAUCGGCGAGCUGUAGAUAUAAAUCCAUGUGAUUAUAGAGCUUGGUAUGGGUUAGGACAAGCAUAUGAGAUGAUGAGUAUGCCUUUUUAUGCUCUUCAUUAUUUUCGGAAAGCAGAAUAUUUGCAGCCAAAUGAUUCUCGGUUGUGGAUUGCCAUGGCUCAGUGUUACCAGACUGAUCAGCUUCACAUGCUCGAGGAGGCUAUCAAGUGUUACAAAAGGGCUGUGAACUCUAAUGACAGUGAAGCAAUCGCUUUGCAUCAGUUGGCAAAGCUGCAUAGUGAGCUUGAGCGCCCUGAAGAGGCAGCAUUUUACUACAAAAAAGAUUUAGAGAGAAUGGAAUCUGAAGAGAGGGAAGGGCCGAAUAUGGUUGAAGCUCUGCUUUUUCUUGCUACAUAUUGCAAAGGCCAGAAGAGAUUUGAAGAAUCGGAAGUGUAUUGUACCCGUCUUCUAGAUUAUACUGGCCCAGAGAAGGAAACAGCUAAGAAUUUACUUCGAGCAAUGAGAAUAGCAGAGUCUGGUUUUCCUUCAAUGGAUGUUGAGCAUUUUCCGCCCUAAAUUUCCCAUUCUUGCUGAAGAGCUGUUGUAACUUUGAAACCGGUCUGCCUUUCCCCAGUUUCUGCCUUUGGAAAGGGAACGAAUGACAUAAAAUUUGGGCAGAUCAAAUUUUAAGAGUCAACAUAUCCUAUACUAUUCCAGUGUGGAGGAUAUCGGUGCAUUUUGUCAAUAUAAUGAGUUAUAUUGUUUUAUCAAGAAUUGGCAGAAAAUUUAGUUUCAGUCUGAUAAUCUUGUUUCUU